AUGGGAAACAGCACGGGAGUGACAGAAUUCAUCCUCAUGGGUCUCACAGAUGACCCCCACCUGCAGGCUCUGCUCUUCUUUGUCCUCUUUCUCACCUACGCAGUGAGCAUCACCGGGAACCUGACCAUCAUCACUUUAACCCUGCUGGACUCCCACCUCCACACUCCCAUGUACUUCUUCCUGCGCAGCUUCUCCUUGCUGGAGAUCGCCUUCACAUCCGCCUGCAUUCCCAGAUUCCUGGUCACCAUCGUCACCGGAGAUAGAACCAUUUCCUUUUCCAACUGCUUCACUCAGCUGUUCUUCUUCAUCUUCCUGGGGGUGACGGAGUUCUUCCUCCUGGCCGCCAUGUCCUACGACCGCUAUGUUGCCAUCUGCCGGCCCCUGCACUACACGACCGUCAUGAGCGGGGGCUUCUGUGCCCUGCUGGUCCUCUGUUCUUUUUUCUCCAGUUAUCUGAUCGUGUUCCCACCAGUUAUGAUGAUCGCCCAGCUAGACUUCUGCGCCUCCAACAUCCUCAACCACUUCAUCUGCGAUUCUUCCCCAAUGAUGGGGCUUUCUUGCACAGACACCCGCUUCCUGGAGUUCAUGGCUUUCCUCCUGGCCUUGGGGACGCUGCUGGUCACCCUGGCACUAAUGACCGCCUCCUACACGGCCAUUGUUCGCACCAUCCUGAGACUGCCCUCCACUCAGCAGAGGAGAAAGGCCUUUUCCACCUGCUCCUCCCACAUGGUCGUGGUCUCCAUAACAUAUGGCAGCUGCAUUUUCAUGUACAUCAAACCAUCUGCCAAGGACAGGGUAGAACUGACCAAGGGGAUAGCGGUGCUCAACACUUCUGUGGCCCCCAUGCUGAAUCCCUUCAUCUACACCCUGCGGAAUGAGCAGGUCAAGCAGGCCUUCAGGGUCCUGGUGCACCGGAUUGGGUUUUCCUUCAGGAAGUGA